AUGAAACCAUGUAACCACAGCAGAGCAUCUUCAUUCUGUGAGCCAGCGAUCUUCAAAAUAAUCAAAGGUUUCACUGAGAAGAUGAAGCCUUUGGAGCUCAUCUGUUUCACUCUGUUUCAUGAAAUUGAUGUUUUCUUUCUGUUGUUGAAUUUUCAUCUUGCAGGUUCUUUAGCAGCGCUGAACUGCAGCAGCCCGACUCCCGACUCCCUAUUUAAAGAACUUAACGAUAAACUGUUUUCUAACAGUUUGUUCCGACCUGUCACAAGCUUUUCAGAUCCACUUAACGUAACCCUCCGCAUCACUGUGGUAGCAAUAUUAGGAGUGGAUGAUAAAUCUCAAACCCUGUCAACAGUCUUAUGGCAAGUCCUGGAGUGGGAUAUAGCAGGACUGAGCUGGGAUGAGAAGGAAUGUGGAGCAGAAAGAGUCUCCAUACUUCGAGAGAAGAUUUGGGUUCCAGAUGUUCAGAUCUCAGAGUUCAUAGAUGAAGACAAGUCUCCUAAAACUCCAUACGUCUACCUGGACAACACAGGUCAUGUUUAUGAUGACAAACCUCUCAGGGUGGUCAGCUCCUGCCAGUUAGGAAUCUACAAUUUCCCCUUUGAUAUCCAAAACUGCUCUCUGACAUUUGGUUCAUAUCUGCACUUUGCUACAGAUAUAAUGAUGAUCGCCGGUAACACGACUAAGGAGAUCCUGCAAGAGUCCAGCAAGGUGAUAGUGAACAACGGGGAGUGGGAGCUGGCAGAUAUCGGAUUGGGUCAUUCCACCCUGGGGUUAAACGCGGGAGAUUAUUCUGAGAUUAAAUAUUAUUUAAUUCUGCGACGCAGACCGACCGUGUACGUGGUGAACCUGCUGGUCCCCAGCUGCUUCCUCAUCACUGUGGACCUCUUCAGCUUCCUGCUGCCCCCUCAGACCAUAGACCGCUCCUCCUUCAAGAUGACCCUGAUCCUGGGCUACACCGUCUUUCUGCUCAUCAUGAACGACCUGCUGCCCGUCACCGGGGAAACGACACCUCUCAUCAACGUGUUCUUCUCCAUCAGUCUCGCCCUGAUGGUGACCAGCCUGCUGGAGACAGUUUUUAUCACAAACAUCCAGUGCAGCUCGACCCGCUACAACGCCGUGCCUCACUGGCUCAGCGUCCUCGUGUUGCGUUAUCUGGCUGUGGUGGUCUGUAUCCCUCCAAAGAAGAAGAGCAACCGGGUCACACUUUUCCUCAACCCAUCUUUUACAGAGACAACAGUAAACACCACAGCCACUUCAGGAAGUCAGAGCCUUCAGAAAGAUCCACUCCCAGCUGUUCAGGCCCAGGUCAACCCAACAGGACCUCCAGAACCGGCCCUUGAUGAGCUGAAGAAGCUGAGCAGCGAUCUCAAAGCGAUCCGCCUGGAGGUGGACAAAUACUUCCAGGUAUCCAAAACCUCGGAGGAAUGGAACAUGAUCGGUAUAAUAAUCGACCGCCUGCUGUUCGGCUUGUACAUCGUCUUCAUCGUUGUGAGCUUCAUCACCAUAACGAGUAUCUGGAUCUGGAAUAACACAUACGCUGCAUGACUUGUGAAAAUGGCUACAAUCAAUGUCUCAAGAUCAGUUUGGUUUCAUUUGACUAAUUAAAAAAUGUUUCAUUUAUUGUGUUUUUAAACCCAUAAAUUCAAGUUCAAGACAUCAUCCUGUCAGGUUUUCACCAGUAGGGGGCGCAGAGGCCCAUGUAACAUCUCACUUUUUUGGUAAAUCAGGUGUGGGGGGUUUUCUGUUUUGUAAAUUAUGUUCAUAAAAAUCUUCUGAUCACAUUUAUACCUGUUUGUUAUACAGAAAGUCCAGUCAGCAAAAUAAAAAAGGAAAAAUUACCAAUUUUAAACGCGUUUAUCUUCUGACUUAAUUUAAGAGCAAGAAAAUAAAAUUUCAGCAAAAACUUGAGUCUUAAACAUUGAUCUUAGAUAUAAAAAUAUUACUUUUCCCCAUCUUAUAACAA